UUACAGUGCGAGAGUUUUGAUCAGACCUUGUUUGUUUUUUGCUGGUUAAUCUUAUUGAUAGUUUUAUAAAACUCUCAUAUUUUUCUGUCUGGAUACAAAUCAUCGUAAAAUGCAAGCUCUAAGAAAUAUGUUUCGUUCGUGGUCAUCUGAUGCCAGACUUGACGGUAAAACAGUUAUAAUUACUGGAGCUAAUACUGGAAUUGGCAAAGAAACAGCCAUCGACCUGGCAAAGAGAGGAGCACGUAUUAUUAUGGCAUGCAGAGAUAUGGAGAAAACUGAUGCAGCCCUGAAGGAAGUUAAGGAUGCUUCAGGAAACCAGGAUGUAGUUGCCUGCAGGCUUGACCUGGCAGAUUCCAAAUCGAUCAGAGAAUUUGCAGAGAACAUCAAUAAAGAGGAAAAACAAGUUAACAUAUUAAUCAAUAACGCUGGUGUGAUGGUUUGUCCUUAUGGAAAGACAGCAGAUGGUUUUGAAAUGCAAAUAGGGGUGAACCACAUGGGUCACUUCCUGUUGACGUAUCUGUUAUUGGAUUUGAUUAAAAGAUCAUCGCCUGCGAGGAUCAUUAACGUCUCAUCCAUGGCACACCAAUGGGGGACCAUCAACCUAG